AUGGCUCAAUUUGGCCAGGUCCUGGCUGAAAUAGACGACUUUGGUCGCUUCCAGAUACAGCUGGUGAUGCUGCUGAGUAUUCCCAGCUUCCUGUCCGCUUACUACAUGUUUGCCCAGGUCUUCUUGAUCCAGCACGAGGCCCACCACUGCUCAGUAGCCUGGGUCAAGAACCACACUUUGAACCUGAGUGCGGCUGAACAGCUGACACUGAGCGUGCCCCUGGAUGCUGCAGGCAAGCCUGAGUCCUGCCUUAUGUUCCGGCCACCCCCUGACGACGCCAGCCUGGAGGACAUCCUCAGCCACCACUUCAACGAGACGCAGCCUUGUGAGGCAGGCUGGGAGUAUCCUGAAGACAGGCCCCUGUCCCUAAAGAACGAGUUCAACCUCGUUUGUGGUCAGAAGCACCUGAAGGAGACCUCGCAGUCGGUGUUCAUGGCCGGGCUCCUCACUGGGGCUCUCAUCUUCGGGCCCCUCUGUGACCGGAUUGGCCGCAAGGUCAGUAUCCUGGUGCAGCUGCUACUCUUCGCCCUCCUCGGCCCGACCACGGCUUUUGUGCCCAGCUUUGAGCUCUACAUGGUCCUGCGCUUUGCUGUGGCUACUGCUGUCUCUGGGUUCGCCUUCAGCAACGUCUCCCUACUUACAGAGUGGGUGGGGCCCUCCAGGAGGACUCAGGCCGUGGUCCUGGUCCAGUGCGCCUUCUCCCUGGGUCAGAUGGCAUUAGCAGGACUCGCCUAUGGCGUCCGAAACUGGAGGUAUUUCCAAAUGGCCGGCACUGCACCUGUCUUGCUACUCGUCUUCUACAUCUGGGCUCUGCCAGAGUCAGCACGGUGGCUUCUGACAAGAGGGAGGGCGGAGGAGGCCAAGCAAGUGAUCCGGAAGGCGGCCUCCGUCAACAGGCGGAAACUCUCCCCAGAGCUCCUGAGCCAGCUGGUCCCAGAGAAGACAGCCCCCUCAGGGAAUCCCCUGGAUCUGUUCAGACACCCCUGGCUCCGGAAAGUGACCCUGAUCUUCUUCUAUGUCUGGUUUGUGGACAGUCUGGGGUACUUUGGCCUGAGCUUCCAAGUCGGCGACUUUGGCCUGGACAUCUACCUGACGCAGCUCGUCUUCGGAACCGUGGAGGUUCCCGCCCGCUGCCUCAGCAUCUUCAUGAUGCAGUGGUUGGGCCGCAAGUGGAGCCAGAUGCUGACUCUGGUUCUGGGUGGCCUCGUGUGCAUCGGCAUCGUCUUUGUCCCAGCAGAUCUGCCGGUGGUGGUCACUGUGCUGGCCGUGGCGGGCAAGUUCGCCAUGACCGCCAGCUUUACCAUCUCCUACGUGUACUGUGCCGAGCUCUUCCCCACCGUCAUCCGGCAGACAGGCAUGGGGCUGAUGGGCAUCUCCUCGAGGAUCGGGGGGAUCCUCACCCCUCUCGUGAGCCUGCUGGGCGAGUACCAGGCAGCCCUCCCUAUGCUCAUCUACGGCAGCCUCCCCAUCGGGGCAGGCUUCCUCUGUGCCCUGUUGCCGGAGACACGGGGCAAGUCCCUGAAGGACACCAUCAAGGAGCUGGAGGAGGAGCCCCGCCCACGGUCUCUGGAGUCAGCACCUUCAGAAAAGGAAACAGAGGCUUCAGGACGAACUUCCAGCCCAGGGGUGACCUUCGCGAGCAGCACGUACUUCUGA